GCAAAUGCCUUUUGAGAUUCGUAUACAGUGACAUCUGCGCAGUAUUCACUUUCAAAACGAUAAAGCUAUGUCUCAAUUUUGUUGUUGCUAUUAAUCAAUUUUUCAAGCAUCAGCUGGCACUAAAGACGACAUUUUGAUAAUAGGGAGAUCACACCUCUCAGAUCUGAUCGAAAUAGUUUAGCGUAUAUGUAGAUUUACGAUUUGGAUUGGUGUUGCCCGAUACCCCGCAACAGCGCAGGUGGAAAAUCGCUUAUCUCGCUCCGACUCGCAUCAAGAACGUAUACUCGAAGACACCAUGGAAACGGAUCUACUUCGCCGAAAAUAGAACGGUGGCUGAUUCCUGGGCUAAAUCUCAAAUAUCCAGACGAGUGCGCCAUCUAAGCGAGUUAAAACCGUCCCGCGAAAAGUUACGGAGCCCCACUUCUUGUCUGAACGUCUGCCAGUGAAGACCGGGAGGGAACCGACAAACACCACACAAAAUGAGCGACCUCAGCAAGAACGACGUUGAAAGGGCGUCUUUCGCCUUCUCAAUCUACGACUUUGAAGGCAAAGGUAAGAUCGAUGCCUUCAACCUUGGCGAUCUCCUGAGAGCGCUCAACUCAAACCCCACACUGGCAACCAUCGAGAAACUCGGUGGUACAAAGAAGAAGGGCGAGAAGCUGCUCACACUCGAAGAGUUCCUUCCCAUCUACAGCCAAGCAAAGAAAGACAAAGACCAGGGAGCGUAUGAAGAUUUCCUGGAAUGUCUGAAGCUGUAUGACAAGAACGAAAACGGUCUCAUGCUUGGCGCUGAGCUCACACACACGCUUCUUGCACUAGGUGAGAAGCUUGACGACAGUGAAGUCGCUGAAGUCACAAAGGACUGCAUGGACCCUGAAGACGAUGACGGCAUGAUCCCCUACGCAGGUAAUUUUUGUUUUAUUUUAUUCUCCCAGAAAUCCAGUCGUAAGCAUAAUUAUACAUUUUAUGUCAUGUGCCCCUUUGUAGUUAGUGUAAUGUUUCCCUUGUAUUUAAAUACGAGUGAAAACCCUGAGAAUUCUAAGCUCCUUUAUCACGACACUUGUCUUGCUCCUGUACUGAUUAACAAAAAUGUAUUGUCGAUUCUCUAAUCCCUAGUAUUCAAAGAUUACCCGAUACUUUACAAAAUCCUAUGAACUUGUAUUGUGAGGCACGGUCCUUAGUUUGUGUGUUCCCUCAUUCACUUGUUAUACGUUUACAGCAUUCCUGAAGAAGGUCAUGGCGUAGAAGACAUCACAACUCGUCAUAUCUUUAGUUAUAAGAUCGUAAGUAAGUGCGUCGGAACGCGGCAGUAGUACAAAGUUUGACUUAUGCUUACGCUUCUCUGUCUUUAUCUUUUAUUCUUAUUUCCAGCUUUUAAUGUUUGCGAUUUUAAGUCGGAUAUCAUUUAUCAAUCGACAAGAUUCUAAGCUUCUUUAUCUUCAAGCAGAUUUCAAAAAUCGAUAUUAUUAACUCACUCAUUUUGCCGAUAACGCGAUGUUCCAAAUUUGUUUUUUGGAUGUUAAUAUUGUUUUAAUUGUGACAGCUUUCCUGCGACGAAUGUGCGAUGGCUGGGACCCUAAAAGACCGAAGCCCGGGACUGAGGAACCGGCGCCGGAAGCGCCCGCGGAGGGCUAAGUUCCUCCGGUGGCGCCCGCAGCCAGCCCGCGCUCCCAGCCACGUCGACAUCCCGUAUAACAUCUUAGAUACGGACAAACCCCUUUUUUUAUACGAACAACAUAAUAUCAACUGUUUUGUACAACUUUCUACCUUUGACUGUACAUACUAAAGUAAGAUUAAAUAUACUGUAAAACACACGUUGUGCGUGUUUUUAAAUUAUUAUUUAUUUAUUUAUUAAGUACGUUUAUAAUGACAAAAAUACAAAAAAGCAUUAUUAAUAUUUUAUAAUAAACUGUUCAAAGUUCA